AUGAAUAUAUCGCAGACCUCUUUCAGAAAUUUGCUGUUGGUAGCCGUCUCCUUAUAUCUUACAGCUACACACCGGCCUUCUGAACAGCAGCAGCAGCAGCAGCAGCAGCAGCAGCAGCAGCAGCAGCAACAGCACCAGCAGCAGCAGCAGCAGCAGGAGAGGGAACUGCAACAGGCAACAGCAGCAGCAGAUACCGCAGCAAACAGCAGCAGCAGCAGCAGCUGGGGUUACUGCAAGCAGCAGCAACGGCAACAACAGCAGCAGCAGCAGCAGCAACAGCAGCAGCAGCAGCAGCAGCAGCAGCAACAGCAGCAGCAAGCGCUGCUGCUGCCGUUGCUGCUGCCGCAAGUGAUUAUAUUGAGGGUUUAG